AUGUUGUCUUUCCAGAACCUGUUUGCUUUCUUUUCCCUCUGUGUUACUGCAAUGGCUUCUCCCCGCGAGACUGGCCUCCCUAAUAAGCCCCAACAAGCCAACGCCGUGGUCACCGAAGCCAGUCCUCCAGGUGUGACUGCAGCUGCACGCCUCCGCUGCACCGAUGGCUCAACGAUCUUGCAUACAACUGACUGCACGAUGGGAACCUCUGUAUCCUACUGCCACAAACCAGAGCCCCCAAUCGCCUGUGAUGACGGUUUCUUCCCUUCAGUCUGGCAUCCAGACCACUGCAUGGAGCAAUCAACCUGUUUCCCCCUGGACGCAGUGUGGAUCACGACGGAGUGCUCGAAUGGAGCGAUUCCAUAUACGACAAAGACGCUUUAUAACGGGAUUCUUGCUGGUGGAACGUCAACUGUGAUUAGUGCUGUUUCUUGUUCCUGCGCAACGGAUCAAUGGUACAGUAUGACCAUGCGAGAGGGAACGUCUGAAUUUGAAAGCUACUGCAUGCCUUACCAGUCUUGCCCGCCUGGUAUGACCACUUCCAUUAGUACGGAUGAGUACUGCGCUACAGCGACGGCGGAUAUCUGUUCAGAUGUGCCUAGUGAGACGGCAUACUGUAAGUGUGCUGAUCCGACUGAGUUACCUAUCUAUCCGGACGAGCCUGGUGCUAGUGCUAUUGGAUGUGAAUAG